AUGGCUGAAUCAGCCAAACCUAUGGUCGAGGAAGAUAUCUGGGACUUUCUCGACACCGAGGACAUGUUUGAACUCGAUCCAACUUCUGUGACUACUGAGCACAGUGUUCUGUCAUUUAUCGAUGGCACCAGCGACCUCAAGGUUGACCUUGAUGGGCAGUUUCCCGUUGUCCAACGGCAUGGCGACUUGAGCCAGGACGCAACCGUGAACCACAUACUAGAGUUAGAGAACACACUUCUCAAAUCAACCGGGUUGGGGGUCUUGCCACAGUCUUUGGAGUCGCUUGUAACUCCUGAAAAGGCCCAUGACGGCCAACAGGAACUUACAAAUGGACCAGAUUUUCCAGACCUCAGCCCAGCCUUGCAAGAUCGACUGGUGGAAAUCUACUUCCACAACUUCCACCCGCUAUGUCCAGUUAUAGAUGAGAUCGAAUUUUCGAGUUGGUAUGGCUCCGACCGACUUGACAGCAAUCGAGGGAGAGAACUCCUUGGUGCCAUAAAUUUUGUGGCUUUUGCUCAUGUAAGUGACGAGGAGCUCGGACGGAGUUCUUUCACAUCGAUACCUGAAGCGCAGAGAGCCUGCUUCCGCUCCACCAAAUACAUGUUUGACAAAAGUUCUCAAAGUCGGCCUGGAGAUGUAAGUCUGGUUCAGAUUGCACUGCUCCUGAGUCAUUGGAGUCCCUUUGAUGAAUCCAAAGAAGUAAGCACCUACUGGGUUGACCAGGCUUUCCAUCAUGCCACAAUUGCAAAUCUCUCCGAGAGCCCCGAGGAAUACAGCCGCGUCAUCUGGUGGUGCUGUGUCGCACGGACUCGGGCUCUCGCUCUCGGUCUUCGUCGCCCAGACAAGGUCACAUCUUUUGAGCCGGGGCGCAUGAUACAAUCCGAAGACUUCGGGUCUAUAGCUUUCCUGGCCCGAGCGGCGCGCAUGGAUGGGAAGAUUUUCGAGAUCGAAGCUUUCAUCGCUCUCUGCAAAUUGUCAGACCUGAUGUAUCGCAUUCUGCUUCUUCGAAAGAAUUCCGGAAAACUUUCAGACUGGCGGGCAGAAAACCCCUGGCUAUCCAUUUGUAAAGAUGAAUUGAAUUACGUCGUCAGCGUUGACAAGGAUCUCCGGGAUUGGGAGAGCUCGCAUCGAGGUUUACUUGCCAAAAACAACAUUAUGGCUCAGACGAGGUGCCAACUUUUGACGCUCCAGAUGCUGCGAAUUGUUCAUUUAUCGACGUUGAUGUCACUCUAUGAGCCGUAUAUGCGAUGUCCUAUCCAGCAGCGGUCUCCAGCCUUCCUCUUGCACAAAGCAUCAGUAGAAAGAGUGAAAGAAACUUCCUUCGCCAUCGGUGAUGCGGUCCAGCGCUUGUGGGCGGUUGCCAGAGUCGAGGACCUGCCUGCCUGGUUUCCUUGUUGGAUCACUCUGCCGGUCGCCGUCCUUCUCGUCUGCCUCGGUUGCAGACAUAGGGAGCUUCAACUUGAAGCAAUGCCAGUCUUAGCCCCAAUGAUGGAGGUGCUGAGAAAAAUGCAGUCACGCUUUGAAGGUGGCGACUACGUCGCAAAAAUCAUCGAGAGCAUCACGAGAACGGUAGACGUCCGGGUGCAUUCCUGGACAGAGGAGCACGUAAUAUCAUGGUUACCCAAAUGGCUCGAGCGCUCCCCUGAGACGCUCGAAUAUCAGCUGCUAGCCCGUGCAGCGCAGAUGGUACGUUCGAGUUUUGCAGAUGAAACCAUCGCGGUCGAAAUUGUAUGA